GAUAAGGAUCGCAUUCGUGAAAGCGUGAAUCGGACGUGUGUUUCUGUUUGUUUCGAUUGACUUUCGCCGUUUUUUUUUUGACUUCACUCCCUCUCGGUGUCGCGCGCAAAGUGGAUGAGCCACGCCGAAAACCGAAAGCGAAAACCAAACUGAAACCGGGAUGGGAUCAGUUGGAGGAAAUUAUGGGCAGGUUUCACUAUUUCGACCGCUGGACCGAGGAGCAGCGGCAAAAGUGUCAUCAACUGUGCAAGGUGCAGGAAUUCCGCAAGGAUCAGAUUAUCUUCGCUGAGGGCCGGACUCCGAUCAAUUAUGCCCACUUUGUGCUGAGUGGGCAGUGUGCGGUGUUGCAGUGUUUGAAGAUGGUGAAAUCAAUCGACAAAUAUGGUUUGCACCGAUACCGUCUCUCAGAUGCUCAACCUAUUGAAGACGAGCUGACUCAAAUCCAUCGGAGGCGUAGCUCACGAAUGAUCGAUCUGGAACAAUCAACCCUCAUGAUGGACGGAAACCUCACAUUCCCCUCCAAAACUGUCACUGCCGACAACUGCCUUACGGUGGAAUCCACGCCUCCACCUAAACGGGAAACACUCCGGCCCUUGGUCUACGAGUACCGGUUCAUCGACAUUGCCACCUACUCGUGUGGAUCCGUCUUCGGCAUCGGAGAGCACAUGCAGGAUCGAACCGUGGUGGCCCGGAGUCGAUCGGUCCAAUGCUUGCUAAUACCACGCUAUUGGCUGCUGCAGAAGAGCCAAAACGUCAACAACGUUUGGAACCGGAUACGGGUAUUCCUGGACCAGCGGCAGCUCACCCGGGACGGACGUUUCCGGUGGUACCUGAAGGAGCUGCAGUGGCGCAAAAUCCGCAACCAGGUCCGAGAGAACUUCCUGACCAAUCACGUCGAGUUCAAUCAUACCAAACUGUGCGACGUACCAUCGAUGUGUCGAAUCGAGCAGAGUGAUGUUUUCGUUUGAAGUUAAAGUGAGUUAUAAUAUGUUGCAAUCAAAAAGUAUUUGUUAACCGGAAAUAUUUCAAUCAAUAGAGUACAU